CUUCCGGCGGGAACCGGAAGGUGCGGUGACACACAGAAUCCCGGGUGUUCUGACGAGCCCGGCGGGAAGAUGUCAUCAUUGCCAAGAAGAGCAAAAGCACAGGUUCAGACUGUGGUAUCAAAAGAUGAAUUUUCUUCCCUCUCUGAGUUAUCAUCUGCCUCUGAAGAAGAUGACAAGGAAGAUAGUGCCUGGGAACCCCAAAAGAAAGUUCCUAGAAGCCGUAAGCAGCCUGCUCCCAAGGAAUCCAAACCAAAGAGGGUACCUCGGGUGAAGAAGAGUACCCCACAGAUGAGUGAUGGGACAGAAGGCAUUUCUGUUAAGGAGGAGCUGAAUAGCCCUGUGGCUAUUGCUGAUAUUGAUUUGGAAGACAGAAAAAGUAAAUUGAAUACUAUACAGACACUGAAACCAGCAAAGACAAAACGGAAAAAUUCAGCUCAGUCAUUUUCAGCUCAAAGGACCAAAAAGCUGAAAGUUGAAGAAACCAGCAAAGCUGGCACCUUAGAGGGUGGAAGUAACAUUACAGAGACACCGUCCACCAGCACCAUGUGGGAAGGUGCAUGCAAGAAGGAAGAGAAUGAAGAUGACUUUGCAUUUGGUCAGACCCCUUUAAAGAAAAUGAAGACUGAAAUGUAUCCUCAAGGGCAGCCUGUCAAGUUUCCAGCAAAUGCCAGCAAUAUUAAAGAGGAGGUGGAAAUGAACUGGGAUAUAGUACAGGUUUUAUCUGAGAGAACUAAUAUUGAACUUUGGGUGUGUGCCAAUAUCAUUCGUCUCUUUAAUGAUGAUAACACAAUUCCCUUCAUUGUACGUUAUCGAAAAGAGCUCAUUAAUAAUCUUGAUGCUGAUUCUUUGAGAGAAGUUCGACAAACACUAGAAGAGCUACGGGCUGUUGCAAAGAAGGUUCAUAGCACAAUCCAGAAAAUUAAGAAGGAGGGGAAGAUGUCUGAGUGCUUGUUAAAAACCUUGCUAAACUGUAAAACUUUUGAAGAACUAGAACAUGUGUCUGCUCCAUAUAAAACUGGGAGCAAAGGCACUAAAGCCCAGAGAGCAAAACAGCUGGGAUUAGAAGGAGCAGCCAGGACACUGCUUGAGAAUCCAGGGGCGCUCAAUCUGCUCUCUUAUGUUAGACCCGAUGUUAAAGGGCUUUCAGCACUCCAGGAUAUUGAAACAGGAGUGCAGCAUAUUUUAGCAGACAUGAUUGCUAAAGACAAAGACACGCUUGAUUUCAUUCGGAAAUUGUGCCAAAAUAGAUACAUUUGUAUCCAGUCAUCUCUGGCAAAAGUGUCCUCAAAAAAGGUAAAUGAGAAAGACGUUGAUAAGUUUCUUCUCUACCAGAAUUUUUCAUGCAACAUAAGAAACAUCCAACAUCAUCAGAUUUUGGCAAUUAACCGUGGAGAAAAUUUGAAGAUCCUGACGGUUAAGGUCAACAUUUCUGAUGGAGUGAAGAAUGAAUUCUGUAGGUGGUGCAUCCAAAACAGAUGGAGACCACGUGGCUUUGCAAGGCCAGAGUUAAUGAAGAUCUUACAUAAUUCACUGGACGAUUCCUUUAAACGCCUUAUUUAUCCUCUUCUCUGUAGAGAGUUCAGAGCCAAACUAACAUCAGAUGCAGAGAAGGAAUCAGUAAUGAUGUUUGGACGGAACCUUCGUCACCUCCUUUUAACAAGCCCUGUUCCAGGACGCACCUUAAUGGGAGUGGAUCCUGGUUAUAAACACGGUUGCAAAUUAGCUAUAAUUUCUCCUACCAGUCAGAUACUUCAUACGGAUGUGGUUUAUUUGCAUUGUGGACAAGGCUUCCGAGAGGCAGAGAAAAUAAAGAGGCUUUUGCUGAAUUUCAACUGCAGCACAGUGGUGAUUGGAAAUGGAACUGCUUGCAGGGAAACAGAAGCUUACUUUGCUGACCUAAUAAUGAAAAAUUACUUUGCACCACUGGAUGUUGUUUACUGUAUCAUCAGUGAAGCAGGAGCAUCAAUCUACAGUGUCAGCCCUGAAGCUAACAAAGAAAUGCCUGGGCUGGACCCUAAUUUGAGAAGUGCAGUUUCCAUAGCAAGGCGUGUACAAGAUCCAUUAGCUGAGCUAGUGAAAAUUGAGCCGAAGCACAUUGGAGUUGGAAUGUAUCAGCAUGAUGUAUCCCAGACUUUACUCAAGGCAACACUGGACAGUGUUGUAGAAGAAUGUGUCAGCUUUGUGGGAGUGGAUAUUAACAUCUGUUCAGAAGUUUUGUUAAGGCAUAUUGCAGGACUUAAUGCAAACAGGGCCAAAAAUAUUAUUGAAUGGAGAGAGCAAAACGGGCCCUUUAUCAACCGAGAACAGCUGAAGAAAGUGAAAGGGCUAGGUCCAAAAUCCUUCCAACAGUGUGCUGGCUUCAUCAGAAUCAACCAGGAUUAUAUCCGAACAUUUUGCAGUAGUCAGCAAACUGAGUCUUCAGGACAAAUUCAAGGAGUUGUGACAUCUUCAGCAGGUGUUGAGGUCACAAAUGAGAAGCAGGGCAAAAAAAAGAGCAAAACUACAAUGAAUGUUUUAUUGAAGCCAAAUCCUUUGGACCAAACUUGUAUUCAUCCAGAAUCAUAUGACAUAGCAAUGAGGUUUUUAUCAUCCAUUGGAGGGACAGUCUGUGAGAUUGGAAAGCCUGAAAUGCAACAAAAAAUAAAUUCAUUCCUUGAAAAGGAAGGAAUAGAGAAGGUUGCAGAAAGAUUACAAACAACAGUACAUACCUUACAGGUGAUCAUAGAUGGUCUCAGCCAGCCUGAAAGUUUUGACUUUCGAACAGAUUUUGAUAAACCUGAUUUCAAGAGAAGCAUAGUGUGCCUGGAAGAUCUGCAGGUUGGGACAGUUCUUACAGGCAAAGUCGAGAAUGCCACUCUGUUUGGAAUUUUUGUGGAUAUAGGAGUGGGGAGAUCAGGGCUGAUUCCCAUACGAAAUGUAACAGAAGCAAAACUCUCUAAAACAAAGAGGAGAAGGAGCCUUGGACUGGGCCCUGGAGAAAGAGUGGAAGUCCAAGUACUCAACAUUGACAUCCCCCGAUCUAGGAUUACUCUGGACCUCAUUAGGGUGUUGUGAGUGUCCCACUGAAAGCUAAGCACUGAUUUUAUUUCCUCCUUUCUAAAGGUUGACAAAGAUAAGUCAGAUGUUUAUGCAUUCUAGAUAGCAGGUGAGAAAGUCUUCACUUAAUAUCAGGAAUAUUUUCCAAACACUUUAUUUUUCCUUCUGAAUAAAUAGAAAACUAAUAGCUUGAUUUCUUUUCCCCUUAAAGAAAACAACUAAUAGAUAUCCUUAUAUGGCUUUAUGGAGUAAUGGUUUUCUGACCAAAAUUUGAUUUUUUAUUUUUUGUAAUUUGUUUUUAACCCUAUUUGCAUUUAUAUAACAGGUUGCUUCACUUCUACAUGCCAACAUUUGCCUUGUUAGACUUGUAUGGAAUUGUCUUCUUGAUUUGAAUUAUACAAUGUUUGUUGACACAGUAGGGCUGACAGUAUUUGAUCCUCCCAUUUUAUAAAUUUUUUUAUCAGGCCUUUUGGACUUGAUUCAUAAUUUUGCAAUAAUCUUUGUUUUCCAUUGCCAAGCAAACCAAAAAUAUAUUAGUACAACAGAUUCUGAUAUGUUCAUAACCAUCAAGUGACUGGCUCAAAACAUUUCUCAGAAGGAUAUAUGUAUUGGUUCCAACAAUAAAGUUUUGUAGCUAGUGA